AUGCCACGAGUGUUGCGAGCAAUGCAACGUGUUCAUAUUGACCUUGCUGACGGUGGUCGCCGGAGUGGAUAUGAAAUACAACAUAUCCAAAUCAAAAGCGAUAAUUCCGCCGGGAAGGGGUUACAUUGUGGUGUCAAAGUCAAUGAGUUGAGAAAAACAAACAUUAGUCGAACACGCUGGACCCAAACCCGUUGGACGUCAAACCCGUCCAAGGAGCCCAUUCACCCAUUGGACCCGAACCCGUUGGAUGAACCCAUCAACCUGUUGGAAGUCGAGCACGCUGGACGAUUAUAUCAGAAGUCAAACCCGCUGGACAUGCCCGUUGAAGGUUAUAGGGUUAGGGUUAAACUAUCCAAGUUCUACAUAGUGCGUGGUCCGACGCGCCCCCGUCCGAUUUUCUCCGUCCCUGAUUGGCCGCCCGUGCGUGCUCCCGCUCCCGCCUCCGCGUGCCCGCAGUGGGGCCCGGUCACAGUCGAGCUCCCUCUUCCCUUCUCAUAUCUCAUGGCACAGAUGCUGGUGGUACAGCAGGCAGUUCAGAUGGCCGAGGAUGGGCAGGUGGAGCACCCUGCAGAUGCGCUGGAUGCCAUGCGUGAACGCUUCCUCCUCCCAGGAGUGGCUGCCCCCUUUGGCUGGGUGACCCGGCUGCGGACAUUCGGCAAGCGAGUGCAGAACACCACCACGAGUCUAGGGUAUGUCUACUGGAGCGAUGACCAGCAGACUCUAAGCUAUAGAGAGCUGCAUCUAAGCAUAGCAGGGCUCCGGCGCUUCGUGCGCACGCAGGUGGAGCUGACACAGCACAAGCUUGAGCAGCUCUUUCUUGUUCAUGAAGAGGAAGCACGGGAGGUGGUAGUGCCACGCCUGGCACUGGCCCAGCUGGCGGACAGCCCUACAAACAAUCAGCGCGGCUGGAACUUCCUUCAAGCACCGCAGAACUGCAAGGCCCUUCCAACCACAGGGGAGCGAUGGCUGCUGGACCGAGUCCUCACAACAGACAGGCUCCGGGCAGAGUGGGUAGCUGUACGGCCAUCUGAUCAUCAGGUGGUCUGGGACACAGCAGUGGUAGAUGACUAUCUGCAGCAGGUGGAUGGAUUUCUUGAGCAGCUGCUUCUUGUGGUUCAUCUCACUGGGGGCCAGCCUGCGCGGGCCACAGAGCUGCUCAGCAUACGGCACAGUAACACAGUCUGCGGCCGCCACCGCAGCAUUUUUAUUGAACAUGGGCUGCAGAGGUCAGUGAGCUGGUGGUUCGCGCGGGCGGUCCAGCGGCUUGCAUAUGGAGACAGUGAUAGCCAAGGGGGGCUGCGGUCACCAUUUCUCUGGCCGCGGGGGCAUGGACCGUGGGACAGCAGCCGGCUGCGGGUGGUGCUUCAGCGCGAGGCAAAGACACACCUCCAGACCAAGCUCAAUGUAAUCCCUUGGCGGCAUGCCGCCAUUGCCAUCUCGCGUAUGCACCUGUCCUGUGGAGGGUUCAAGCGGGAAUAUGAGGCAGAUGAUGCGGCAGUAGACCAGCAGGCAGGCCAUGGAUCCUGGGCUGCAGGUACAGUAUAUGCGCGGGGGCUGCAGGAGGCACCAGGCCACAUUGAGGCACGGCGUGUGCGGUACCAGGCUGUCAGCCGGGAGUGGCAUGAAUUCCUGGGGUUUAACCCAGGCCCAGGGGUGCGAAAGCGGGCACGGAACAUGGAAAAGAGCGUUAGCAGAAAGGCUCAAAAACAGCAGCCAUCAUAUGUAACAGUAGAAAUAGAUGAUAACAUAGAGCUAUAA